GUUCAAUCCUUUUGUUGCACUACACUUGUCUAGACUACCAUGGAGUACUAUGGGAAGAGAAGCCUCCAUAGCUACUUUGAUAAAGAAAGAAGAUCAAUACAAUCUCCUCCUCGUCUCUCCUUCAAUUCUCAUCUAAAAUUAUCCGAAAAUCAUCAUGAAGUUGAUCAUCAUCUUUAUAGUCCUUCAAGAUCUUCAAAUGCUAGUGCAGCCACUAUGUAUUCCUUAAUGCCACCUCCUAGCCCUGAUUCUCCAUGGACACUUUCCCCUUUACAAACACCCUCUCCUUCUCUCCUCUACCAUUGCAUCGCGUCCCUUCAUCGCCAUGAAGGGACCAUCUACUCCAUCGCGGUUGCAAAAGGCAUUGUCUUCACUGGCUCAGAGAGUAGUCGAAUUCGUGCAUGGAGACAACCGGAUUGUAUAGAAAGAGGAUACCUUAAAGCAAGUUGUGGUGAUGUUAGGUCCAUUUUAGUGUAUGGUAACAUGUUAUUUACGUCACAUAAAGAUCAUAAAGUUAGGAUAUGGAAUGUGACAGUGACUGAUAAUUUUCGAGGCAAGAAAAUCACAACUUUACCUAAGUCUAGUUAUUAUUAUUCAUUUCUCAAAUUUUCUAGGUCAAGUAAUAAUAAUAAAAAUAAUAAUAAUCAGCACAAGGAUUGUAUUUCUUGCAUGGCUUAUUACCAUGCAGAAGGGCUAUUGUAUACUGGAUCAUGGGAUAAAAGUGUUAAAGCAUGGAGAAUCUCCGAUAAUCGAUGUGUUGAUACGUUCAUAGCUCAUGAAGAUAAUGUGAACUCAAUAGUUGUAAAUCAAGAAGAUGGUUGUGUUUUCACAUGUUCAUCUGAUGGUUCAAUCAAAAUAUGGAGGAGAGUAUAUGGACAAAACUCUCAUACUCUAACAAUGACAUUAAAAUUCCAGCCAUCGCCAAUCAACGCGUUAGCCCUAAGUAGUAACACAUCAAAUGCAACUUGUUUUCUCUACUCCGGAUCCUCAGAUGGAUUCAUAAACUUUUGGGAAAAGGAGAAGAGUUCGGGGAGGUUUAAUCACGGAGGGUUCUUGCAAGGUCAUAGGUUUUCAGUACUAUGUUUGGUAGCAAUUGAGAAAUUAAUAUUCAGUGGCUCAGAGGAUACGACGAUUAGGGUUUGGAGGAGAGAAGAAGGGAGUUGUUUUCAUGAAUGUUUAGCUGUGUUAGAUGCUCAUAGAGGGCCAGUUAAGUGUUUGGCUGCAACAUUGGAGAUUGACAAAGUUGUAAUGGGAUUUUUGGUUUAUAGUGCUAGUUUGGACCAAACUUUUAAGGUUUGGAGGAUUAAGGUUUUGCCUGAUCAUCAUGAUGAGAAAGUGGUUAAUAUUAUUUCAUCAUCAGAGGAAAAUAUUGAGCACCUAAGUGAAAUUAAUAGAAUGAAGAUGACUACGGAAUAUGAGUUAAAUCCUGUUUUAUCUCCUUCGUGGGUCGAGAAAAAACUACAAGGAAGUCAUCAUUUUCAUUAAGGGGUUUCGUUAAAUAUACAUGAGUUUAUAGUAAUACUUUCAAGUUGAUUGAUGUGUAUAUUAUUUUGUAUUCAUGAAUUCAACGAUGUCUCAAAAGAUUUCAUUAUAAGGUAUAGUAUACUUGAAGUAUUUAUAAGAGUAGUAUUGAUUUUUCAUAUUUAAAA